AUGCAUCAGAUAGUGGAGAGGAAGGCAGCCCCAAGCAGCUCCAUUCUCAGCCCCAAGCAGCUCCAUCCUCAGCCCCAAGCAGCUACAUCCUCAGCCCCAAACAGCUCCAUUAUCAGCCCCAAGCAGCUCCAUCGUCAGCCCCAAACAGCUCCAUCCUCAGCCCCAAGCAGCUCCAUCCUCAGCACCAAACAGCUACAUUCUCAGCCCCAAGCAGCUCCAUCCUCAGCCCCAAACAGCCCCAGCCACAGCCUAAAACAGCCCCAUUCUCAGCCCCAAACCACCCAAUUCUCAGCCCCAAACAGCCCCGCCUCAGCCCCAAACAGCCCCGCCUCAGCCCCAAACAGCCCCAUCCUUAUUCCCAAACAGCCUCAGCCCUGCCUCAAACCCAAACAGCCCCAUCCUCAACCCAAACAGCCCCAUCCUCAGACCCAAACAGACCCGCCUCAGCCCCACACAGCCUCGCCUCAGCCCCACACAGCCCCGCCUCAGCCCCAAACAGCCCCACCCUCAGCCCCAAACCUCCCUGCCUCAACCCCAACCAGCCCCAUCCUCAGCCCCAAACAGCCCCAUCCUCAGCCCCAAACAGCCCUGCCUCAGCCCCACAAAGCCCCGCCUAAGCCCCAAACAGCCCCAUCCUCAGCCCAAAACAGCCUCAGCCCCGCUACAGCCCCUUCCUCAGCCCCGCCACAGCCCCACCUCAGCCCCAAACAGCCCCAGCCUAAGCCCCAAACAGCCCCAUCAUCAGCCCCAAACAGCCCCAUCAUCAUCCCCAAACAGCCCAGCCUCAGCCCCAAACAACCCCAUCCUCAGCCCCAAACACCCACGUCCUCAGCCCCAAACCGCCCCAUCCUCAGCCCCAAACAGCCCGCCUCAGCCCUAAACAGCCCCAUCCUCAGCCCCAAACAGCCCCGCCUCAGCCCCAAACAGCCCCAUCCUCAGCCCCAAAAGCCCCGCCUCACCCCAAACAGCCCCAUCCUCAGCCCCAAACAGCCCCGCCUCAGCCCCACACAGCCCCGCCUCAGCCCCAAACAGCCCCAUCCUCAGCCCCAAACAGCCUCAGCCUCGCCACAGCCCUGCCUCAGCCCCAAACAGCCCCAGCCUCAGCCCCAAACAGCCCCAUCAUCAGCCCCAAACAGCCCCAUCCUCAACCCCAAACAGCCCUGCCUCAGCCCCAAGCAGCCCAAGCAGCCCCGCCUCAGCCCCAAGCAGCCCCAGCCUCAGCCCCAAACAGCCUCAUCCCCAAACAGCUGCUCCUCAGUCCCAAGCAGCCUCAGUCCCAAACAGCCACGCCUCAGCCCCAAACAGCCCCAUCCUCAGCCCCAAACAGCCCCAUCCUCAGCCAAAACCGCCCCAUCCUCAGCCCCAAACAGCCCCGCCUCAGCCCCAAACAGCCCCAUCCUCAGCCCCAAACAGCCCCGCCUCAGCCCCAAACAGCCCCAGCCUCAGCCCCAAACAACCCCAUUAUCAGCCCCAAACAGCUUCAGCCCCGCCUCAGCCCAAAAUAGCCCCAUCAUCAGCCCCAAACAGCCCCAGCCUCAGCCCCAAACAGCCUCAGCCCCAAACAGCGUCAGCCCCAUUCAGCCUCAGCUGCAAACAGCCGCGCCUCAGUCACAAGCAGCCUCAGGCCCAAACAGCCCCGCCUCAGUCCCAAGCAGCCCCAGCCUCAGCCCCAAACAGCCUCAGCCUCAAACAGCCUCAGCUCCAAACAGCCUCAGCCCCAAAGAGCCCCAGCCCCAAACAGCCCCAGCCUCAGCCCCAAACAGCCCCAGCCUCAGCCCCAAGCACCCCCAGGGCGAGUACUGA